AUGAAGUCCCUCAUUCUCUUCCUCUCCUUGCUCACCCUCCAAUGCCUUCGGGCCACGUCCCGUGUCUGCCACGUGGACGAUUUGGCAGGACUCCUCGCGUUUAAAUCGGGCAUCACUGACGAUCCCUCGGGGUUGCUCGAAUCGUGGAACGGAACCGAUUGCUGCUCGUGGUUCGGCGUGACCUGCCUGUCCAACGAUCGGGUCACUUCCCUGUGGCUCACUGGCCAGCCCGAGAGGCCGGACGGGUACCUGUCGGGCACCAUCUCGCCGUCGCUCGCGAAGCUGAGGGACCUCGACGGGCUCUACCUGAUGAACCUGAGGAACAUCACGGGUAAGUUUCCGGUCUGGUUAUACGGGCUGCCCAGUCUCCUGUUCGUCUACUUGGGAAACAACCGGCUCUCGGGUCCGCUGCCCGUCGACAUAGGCAAGUUGGGGACCCAACUGGACGUGUUGAGCCUGGCAGGGAACCGGUUCACCGGGUCGAUUCCUGCAUCUUUAUCCCAAUUGACCGGUCUGACUCAGUUGAACCUCGCCGGGAACUUGAUCACCGGGAAAUUUCCAAUCGGAAUUGGCAGCCUCAGAAACUUGACCCAGUUACAGCUUCACAACAACCAGCUCUCCCAGCCCAUCCCUGAGAUCUUCUCGUCUAUCCAUCAGCUCAGGUUUCUCAACCUUUCCCACAACAAAUUUUCCGGGAAAAUCCCCAAUUCGAUCUCAUCCCUUUCCUCGACCUUAGCUUUCCUCGAGCUCGGCCACAAUUCCCUCGCCGGCCAAAUCCCCAGCUUCCUCGGUAACUUCCAGACGCUCGAUACUCUGGAUCUUUCCCACAACAAUUUCACCGGACCCGUCCCUAAAACUUUCUCAAAUCUCACAAAGAUCUUCAAUUUAGAUCUUUCCCACAAUUCCCUUUCCGAUCCAUUCCCUGUAAUGAACAACAACAAUUUCCAUCUGGGCAAAAUCCCCAAUUGGGUCACUCUGUCUCCGAUCAUCUACUCCCUGAAGCUGGCGAAGUGCGGGAUCAAGAUCAACCUGACGAAUUGGAAGCCGAAGGAGACGUAUUUCUACGACUUCAUCGACUUGUCGGAGAAUCAGAUCUCUGGCAGCCCAAUUCCGUUGCUGAACCGGACGGAGUAUCUGGUGGGGUUUCGCGCCGCCGGCAACAGAUUGAGCUUCGAUUUGGGGAAGCUGAAAUUUGCUGGGACGAUGAAGGAAUUGGAUCUGUCGAGGAAUUUGGUUUUCGGGGGAGUGCCCAACUCGGUUGCCGGGCUGGAGAAGUUGGAUUUGAGCCGGAAUAGUUUGUGUGGGAAGCUGCCGCCGACCAAGUUCCCGGCGAGCGCGUUUGUGGGGAAUAAGUGUCUCUGUGGAUCGCCUUUGCCUGCUUUUACCCCUUCACUCAAAACCUCAAACUCUCUCCAAUUCCCUAUCAUCAUGAAGUCCCUCGUCCUCCUCCUCCUAGUCUUAUCCAUAAUCGCCCUCCAAUGCCUCGUCAGCACAUCGCGCGUCUGCCACGUGGACGACGAAACGAGCCUCCUCUCGUUCAAAUCUCACAUCACCCACGACCCUUCGGGCAUGCUCGCCUCGUGGAAGUCUGGUACCGACUGUUGCACUUGGGAGGGCAUCACUUGCCUGCACAACGAUCGGGUCACCGCACUCGGGUUGUUCAGUCAAUCCGAUACGCCAACUCGGUUUUUAUUGGGCACCAUCUCUCCGUCUCUGGCGAAACUGAAGGAUCUCGACGGAUUCUAUUUGGUGAACAUGAGGAACAUCACGGGUAAGUUCCCAACUUCCCUAUACGGACUGCCCAAACUCCGGUAUGUCUACCUAGAGAACAAUCGGUUGUCGGGUCCCUUGCCCGAUGACAUAGGCAAGCUAGGAACUCGACUAGACGUACUAAGCCUGGAAGGGAACCGAUUCACUGGGUCGAUCCCCAGUUCUGUGUCUGAGUUAACCGGGCUGACCCGGUUGAACCUCGCCGGCAACUUAAUCACCGGCGAUAUACCGGUCGGAAUUCGCCGCCUGAAAGCGUUGAUCCAGUUGGAACUCCAGAGUAACCAGCUGUCCAAACCCAUCCCUGAGAUCUUCUCGUCUCUCGAUCAGCUCAGGUAUCUCAACCUUUCCCGCAAUAAAUUUGCCGGGAAAAUCCCUAACUCGAUUUCAUCCCUCGCCCCCAAAUUAGCUUACCUCGAGCUCGCCCACAAUACCCUCACCGGUCAAAUCCCUAGUUUCCUGGGGGAAUUUCAAUCCCUCAGCACUCUGGAUCUUUCAUGGAAUAAUUUCACUGGAGCUCUGCCUCAAUCCUUCAAGAAACUCGCGGGAAUCUCCAAUCUGGAUCUCUCCCACAAUUCCCUCGUCGAACCGUUUCCUGUAAUGAACGCGAAACGCAUUCGAUCCCUAGAUUUAUCAUACAACAACUUCCAUUUGGGGAAAAUCCCUGAUUGGGUCACUUCUUCGCCAAAUGUCUACUCCCUGAAGCUUGCGAAAUGCGGGAUCAAGAUCAAUUUGACGAAUUGGAACCCGAAGGAGGCGUAUUUCUACGAGAGAAUCGAUCUUUCGGAGAAUCGAAUCUCCGGCAGCCCGAUUCCGCUGCUGAAUCGGGCGGAGAAUUUGGUCGGGUUCUGGGCUUCGGGGAAUCGACUGAGUUUCGAUCUGGGGAAGAUGAGGAUCGCUCACGCGAUGUAUGAUUUGGAUCUGUCGAGGAAUUCGGUCUUUGGGGGAGUGCCCAGUUCGGCUUCCGAGCUCCGGAGCUUGAAUUUGAGCCGGAACCAUUUGUGCGGGCGGAUUCCGGCGACCGGUUUCCCGGCGAGUUCGUUCGUGGGGAAUGAUUGUCUCUGCGGCUUGCCUUUGCCCGCUUGUUAA